UAGCGCUGCCGCGGGACCCAGGAUGGGCAGUGAGCCCCGGCGGGAGCUGCCCUGCAGGAGAUGAACUAAAAUGCAGCACACAACUUGCACAGAGGACAGGAUCCAUCAUGCACUGGAAAGAUGUCUGCAUGGGCUGAGCAGAAGUACAGCCUCCUCCACCACAUGGACUGCUGGGCUGUGUCUGAACUGCUGGAGCCUGCAGGAGCUGGUCAGCCGAGAUGCAGGAAACUACCUCAUCCUCCUGGAGAAAAUCCUGCAGAAAACCGAAGAGGUCCAAGAGACAUGCAACUAUGAUCUCCUCACUCCAUUGGCUCUGCUCUUCUAUUCUGCAGCUCUGUGUACUCCUCACUUCCCACAAGACUCUGACCUGCUUCUGAAGGCCAUUAGCACCUACCACACCUUCCUUACCUGGCCUAUGCCCUACUGCAACAUCUACCGGGAGCUACUGACCUUCAUCAGCGAUGAACUCAAGGCCCCAGGGAUUUCGUACCAAAGGCUGGUGAGGGCGGAGCAGGGACUGUCCAUGAAGAGCUGCCAGAGCUCCACCAUCACGGUUCUGCUACUCAACCCCUCUGAGGUUCAGAGCGAAUACCUGUCUGUUGCCAAGAAGAUGAGCACCACGGAGCACACCCAGCACAGCACCUUCGUCAUGCUAAUUGGACAUAUCUACCAGGCCACUUUUGGGACCAAGUGCGAUAUGGGCAGCUUACAGAACAUCCUGAAGUCCAAGACCUUAGAAGAGCUCUCAGAGAUCCAUUCUCACACCACAGAAGCUCAGGAGCUGGCAGCUGUUACCAGCGACCCUGCCGCAGCCAGGGAACAGCUGCGGUCCAUGCUGCAGGACAUUGGGGCUGAAGCAGGCUUUCCUAAGAUCACAGGGGUGGCCCAGUCGCGUAAACUCCACACUGUCCCCAUCCCCGUUGCUCGAUGCUACACUUACAGCUGGGACAAGGAUAAUUUCGAUAUCCUCAGAGACAUACUCGACAAGGAGUGUGAUGUUCUCAAGCCGAUGCUCUUGGAGGAUGAGGAGGAAGAGGAGACGGAAACUGAUGGCUGUUCUCCACAAAGAGACUCGCUCCUUUCCUCCAUUUCAGCGGUUUCCAAGGACUCUGUGUACUCAGAGUUAUCAGAGGAGGCGUCGAAGCCGGUGGUCUCCAGAAGGUCCUUGAAGUCCUUUGUGUCUAGCCUCAAGGACUGCAUGGACAGUGGCUAUGCCGAAGACAGCGACGAGAGCUCUCUCGAUCUGGUGGUGAGGCCAGACCUGAAAGAGGAGACGACACUUCACAAGCAGAGGCAGAGACUGACCAGCAAAAUCUACAAGCUGUUCAAGAGCAAAAGCCAGUUGGUCUUGCGGAGAGACGUAAGGGACUAUCCCGACACCGGUUCGCUCUCCCUGCCUCUGCGCCGGGCCGAGAGCCUGUGCAACCCGGAGGCCAAGCACCGCAUCCCAGCGCGCUCCCGGAGGGCUCUUUCCUUGCCCCAGCACGUGCUGAGUCAGCGGCUCCCGCAGCGCCAUGCAGCGCAGAACGUGUGCAUCCAGCGCAGGCCCUUCCUGAGCUACGACGAGGACACCAAGGUCUCCACGCUGCGUGUCGUGGUCUUCGGGUCGGACCGCAUCUCAGGGAAAGUGGCCCGGGCGUACAGGAACCUUAGACUACAAGAAAUCGAUUGCCCAUUACUGACAAGGUACUUCAAGCUGCAGUUUUUCUACAUCCCAGUGAAGAGGAGCUGCCUUACCUCAUCUGCACCACUGACACAUCCGCCUCCUUCUCCAGGAGAUCCUCACCUGAGAGCCUCAGGGCAAACGGUACCUGGGGCACAAAGCAGCACCAACGAUAUCUCCCACUACAUUGGGAUGUUGGACCCGUGGUACGAGCGCAACGUUUUCGGGCUGAUUAACUUGCCCACGGACGUCCUGUGUCAGCAAUCUGCCAAACCCGAGGUGGAGCCUAUGGAGGAGUCCAGGGAGCAGCUACCCAUCUUGGCUGACAUGGUGCUUUACUACUGCCGGUUCGCUACUCGCCCGGUGCUGCUGCAGCUCUACCAAACAGAGCUAACCUUCAUUGGUGGUGAGAAGAAGACUGAGGUCUUCAUUCACUCCCUCGAACUGGGCCACUCGGCUGCCACACGGGCCAUCAGGGCGUCGGGUCCAGGCAGCAAAAGGCUGGGAAUAGACGGCGACAGAGAAGCAAUCCCUCUAACACUACAAAUCGUCCAUAGCAAGACAGCAAUCAGUGGAAGGAGCCGCUGGAACAAUGUUGAAAAGGUCUGCACCUCCGUCAACCUCAGCAAGGCCUGUAAAAAGUACGAAGAGUUAGACUCGAAAACGGAGUGCCUGACUUUAACCAUAACUGAGGUCGUCAAGAGGCAAAACUCCAAGUCAAAGAAAAGCUUCAAUCAGAUCAGCGUGUCCCAGAUAAAAGCAGACAAGGUCCAGAUCAUUGGGGUCAACUGUUCCUUCGCCGUGUGCCUGGAUCAGGAUGAGCAGAAAAUCCUGCAGAGCGUCACAAGGUGCGAGGUCUCCGCGUGCUACAAACCCAGGGAUGGUGAACCCUGCACACUGAGGACAUCCCCUUUGGAUCACCUCCCCCAAGACCAGCCUGAGUUUUGUUCUCUUCUGUGCUUGCCCAUUGCCACCUUCAGCGGAGCACUGCCAUAGAAGAACCAGCAAGGCCAGGGUAACCUCCCAGGCCCCAUGCCGCCUCAGACCAGACAUGCCUCCAGCCAAUCCUGAUAGUUGCAAAAGCAGCCCCUGGAAGAGGAAAUGUAUUGCACUCCCUUGAGUCAGGGAACUAGAGCUUCCUGCACCCAACCAUCUUGCAACAUGAAGCAUUAGUACAAUGGAUGAGCUACCCCUGGCAUGUGUUUAGCAUGCCCUUGAGAAAUGGAGGGAUCACUUCAAAGCUCUGGUAGCUGUCACAGUUCAUGGCCUCUGGGAGGGAAGUGGGUUCCUUGUCAUCUCCAGAUGGCACUGCCAUUAGCGGGGUGGGGCAAGGAGAGGAGUGCCACUUUCCUAAUCAGCUGUACUUGGAGUGAACUUGCAACCAGUGUAGAUACUGGAGAGACCAUGAUAGACGGUUUUGGGGACACACAAAGUUAACGAGUCUCCUUAAACAGCUGGAGAGUUUCAAACUAACCUCCAGAUGAUGAUGCUUCACCCAAAGCAAAUUUGAAGAUCUCUGUUAAUGUUACAAAUUCUUUGGAGUCAGGGGACAAGUUUACUUUGAAUUAUUUUGGGGCUUAUUUGUCCUACAACCACAAAGAUGAGGGCUGCAUUUAGGGCAAGGAGGAGUUGAAUGCGGCUUGCAGACCAUGGCUUGGGUGCCAGUGAUCUAGUGCAAUAGGCAAUUUCUGGGCAUACAUUGGUCUAUGCACCGUGUUACAGUUACUGUAAAGCUAGGUCACCAGAGUGAUCAACCUCUGUGUCCUGCUAAGUCUCUGAAAGCACAAAUUCUGGGGGAGACACAAGCUCCCUUGUUCAGUUAAUGCUCCCGUGGCCAGCUUACCUGCAGUGAAUGCUGGGUU